AUGGACCGCCUCAACCCCUUCUCCCGGCAGGAGAGCCGCACCCGCAGCGAGCUCGCCACCUACCGUGUGCUGACGCUCGCCUCCUGGGCACUCUCCGUCGCCGUCUCCGUCUACUAUUCCGUCCGCUCGCCGCAUGGCUGGGGCCACAACGCCCAUCGCAUCGCCCGGCAAAACCAUCUGCAUCCGUCGGCCUUCUCGCUCAACAUGGUCAUCGUCUACGUCUAUUUUGUCAGCCUCUUCGUCUCCCAGGCCGGCUACCUGGGCCACCUCUUUGCGUCGGCCCACCAGUCCGAGCGCGUCAACGCCGCCGUUGCCGUUGGCUCGCAUUUCAUCGUCAACAACGUCUUCCACGCCGUCUUUGUGCUGCUCUUUGUCAGUGGCCACUUCUUCUGGGCCGAGGUCGUGCUGCUGCUCAACUUUGUCAACCUCACCAGCCUGUACUUCCGCCACCCGUCGGCCUCGCACCCGCGCGGCCUCGUGCACACGCCGACCGUUGCCGGCCCGCUGGCCUGGACGUUUGUCGCCAUCUACUGGAACGGCGCCAUCAUGGUGCCGCAUGCCCACAGCCUGGCGAUGCGCAUCCUGGCCAACGUGUUUGUGUGGGCCAUCCUGGCGUACGGUCUCUUCUACAUCAUGGUCUACGCCGACUACUCCAUGGGCUUUGCGCUGUCCGUUCUGGCCGCCGCGCUGGGCGCAGGCCAGUUCCUGCGCCAGUUCAUUGCCCUUCAGUGGAUCUUUGCCUUUAUCGUCAUGAGCGUCUUGUUCCUCGCGACGGUCGCCGUGGCAUUGCCUGUGUGGACCGGCAGACAGCAGUCUGUGCUGGUCAUCCCGCGCGACUCGGAGCGUGCUCCUCUGCUUGACGAGCAGCAGUAA